AUGAGCCGUGUUUGUGAGAAACAGCGGAGCUCAUCGUUCAGCGAUCAGCCGGCGGCAGCGGCGGCGGCGACGGCGGCUGGGUUUGUGAUGCCGACGCCAACGUUCAACAUCACCGCCGGUCUGCGAUCGUUUCACAAGGCAUCGGCGUUUCUGCCGGGAUUCGUUGUUGACAACUGUAAUGCUCAACUCGAUGAUGUUGGUUUCGAGUUUGUUCAGCAGUGCAUCAAUAUACUCGAGGAAAAAGGAAUCCAUGAACAAGGCGUCUAUCGCAACUGUGGUGUUACCUCGAAAGUGCAGAAGAUGAUGCAAUUGGGUCUCGACAGGAGGAAAGCGAUUGAAAAGGGAGGAUUGAAUCUUGGCGACGAUGAAUGGGAGACCAAAACAAUAAGCAGUGCAGUGAAAACAUUCCUAAGAAAUCUUCCCGAACCGCUCAUGACAUUCGGAUUGCACAAUGUGUUCAUCAAUGCUGCGAAAAUGGACGACGCCACAAUGCGCAUCGACCACAUUCAUUUUUAUGUGCAUCAACUGCCGCCGCAGCAUUUCAAAAUGCUCGAAAUCGUUAUUCGUCAUCUGCGCAGGGUUGCCGACUUGUCGAGCGAAAAUUUGAUGACGGUCAGCAAUUUGGGAGUAUGCUUCGGUCCCACCCUUCUGAGACCGAAAGAGGAGACCGUCGCUGCAAUUAUGGAUAUCAAAUUUUGCAAUGUUGUUGUUGAGGUGCUCAUUUCAAAUUAUGACAAGAUUUUCAAUAGUGAACCACGAUCAAACGUUGGAGCUGCAGUGCCUCCAAAACCUGACCAUCAUACAGCGGCAUCCACAACUUCGUCGUUGGAUUCCACGGGAUCUGAUAACUCGAGGAACAGCGCCAAUCGUCAUACCGGUACUGUUGCAUCGCCUCUUACGAGUAGAUCGAGAUCACCAAAGUCUGGAGGAGGAACUGCAUCGAAAAUCGUGCGGAGUGCGCAAGUCGCAUCAAGCUUGUCUUCGAAAUCUUCGGCUCAUCAGCGCCACACAAUUCAUCCCACCGAAAUUUCACGACAUGGCGCGGGAUUUGAUGUUACCGCAAUAUCCGAGCAUAAUUUGAGCAUCAUAAAAGACAAGAGCCCCACAAAUUCGCCGUCUGCAGCUCAUUCGACAUCAGGCAAGUCGUCGACUAUACGAUUAGUAUUGUCAGCAUUUUCAGUCAAUGAUUACGAUGAAGUGGUUCAUGGACAUCAAAGCUCGGAUUCCCUCAAUUCCUUAGGAUCGAGCGUCUCCGUCGGGGAUGAAUCAACAGCUACUGUAGUUCUUGAUACCGACUCGUAUGGUAAACAAGCUGUGCGAACCAAAUAUAGUGUGUCUUAUGCACCAAACUACAAUCGAAUUCCCCCAGAAUCCCGACGUGUGAAAACACUUUACUCGUGCACACCGGACCACGAAUCAGAGCUUUCCUUUGAACCCGGCCAAAUUAUUACGAAUGUUUACGAGUCGAAAGAGGAUGGAUGGCUUGUGGGAACUCUCAACGGCAAAACCGGCCUCAUCCCGUCGAAUUAUGUCGAGACUCUUCCCUGA